UGGUGAUAGCUGGAAAAAUACAAGUCAAAUUUGCCAGUUUAAGUGCGCGCCUGUCUGGACUCGGCCCUCGAAGGCCGUCGGGCAGAUGAACCCGUUCACCUGGGAAGAAUUAAGGCGCCAAGCGCGGGAUAUAGAGAACGAUCUCGAUGCAAAAUUGACAGCAUUUAGUUCUAUUAAUCCCCGUUCUACUGACCUACUGAAAUCUAUGACGGGAACGCUGCAGGAGAAUCGCAGUAACUCGCCCCAUUUCGUUGUCUCGGGUUUAGAAAGUGGCCGAGAGAAGGUUCCAGACUUUGAAAAGCCGGAUUCAGUGAAACUGACCACUGAAAUCGAUCAGUUAUUGCAACGGUAUGUGGUUAUUUCCUAA